CACACACACACCACGGUUGCAGAGAGGAACUUUGCAAAGUUUUUAACUUUUUGCACGGAUAUCGACCAGAGAGGAAAAUAGGAUAAACAUUUAAAAAGGUCAUGUCAUCAAUAAAAGUCGAGUGUGUUAUCAAAGAAAAGAAUGAAGUCGGUGAGAGUCCAGUCUGGGAGGAGAAGGACUCCUCUUUGCUGUACGUUGAUAUCACAGGUCAAAAGGUCAGCCGAUGGAGCUCCCUGACCAAACAAAUAGAGAGUAUGAACACAGAGAAACUGGUCGGCUGUGUGGUUCCACGGCAGGCUGGGGGUUACGUCAUCGCGGAGGGAACUCGAUUCACAUUUGUUGACUGGGUAAAGCGGUCGAUUACAGCUGUUGCCGAAGUUAAUGAGAAACCAAACACCCGCUUCAACGAUGGAAAAGUAGAUCCAGCUGGCAGGUUUUUUGCAGGUACCAUGUCUAUGGACAUGAAGCCCGAUGUGGUGGAUGCAGCCCUGUACAACCUUCAACCUGACCACUCUGUUGUCCGCCAUUUUGACCAAGUGCACCUCUCCAAUGGUUUGGACUGGUCUCUGGACCAUCGUGUCUUCUACUACAUCGACAGUCUGGCGUUCAUGGUGGAGGCCUUCGACUAUGACAUCCAAACUGGAGGAUUGUCUAACCGCAGGACGGUUUACAAGAUGGAGAAGGAUGAAGGCAUACCAGACGGUAUGUGCAUAGACACAGAAGGCAAGCUGUGGGUCGCCUGCUUCAAUGGAGGAAGAGUGUUGCGGAUCGACCCUCAAACAGGCAAGCGUCUGCAAACAGUGAAGCUUCCAGCAGAGAGAAUCACUUCAUGCUGUUUUGGAGGGAAAGACUACAGUGAUCUGUACAUCACCUCAGCAUAUAUAGGCAUGGAUGCAGAAGCACUGGCUAAACAACCUGAGGCUGGUUGCACAUUUAAGGUGACUGGUUUAGGGGUUAAAGGAAUCCCACCAUACUCAUACACUGGAUAAAAAACCAGGGGGAAGUGAUGAAUUGUGAUCGUUUUGCAGUUUUUUGGUUCUAAAUCAAUGUUCUAAUAUAUAUAUAUAUAUAUAUUUUUUUUUUUUAAUUCAUAACUCUGAUAAUUCAGAUAAGUUUUAGACAUUAGUUUGUCUAGAUGACUAAAAAUCAGAAAUGUAAUUUUAUGUGAAAGCAUUCUCUGCAUUUUUAAUUAUGUUUACAUUAACUGCACUCAGAGUGAUCUGUGAAUUUUUAGACAUUUUUUAAAUAAUUGCUAGUGAUGACAGGCAAUUUUACUACACUUGGCAUAUGUAAUGUAUGUUAAACAUACAAUGUAAUUGCAAAAAAUGAUUGAAAUAUUAAACGUUUGCAAAACAAAAUAUUUAAAGAAAAGAAAGAUGAUUGUUUAGGGUGAAACAGUGAUUGUGGUUUGCUUAAUGUUGACUUUGAGAACACUAAGUAAACCUGGUGCAAAGUU